GCCAAACUUUACCGCUUCAUAGUCAUGAAUGGGAGUGGAGCGACUGCGGUGGUGCAGGCAGCCUUCUGCGCUCCAAAGAAGGAGAAGGUGGCAAUUAAACGGAUCAAUCUUGAGAAGUGUCAGACGAGCAUGGAUGAACUCCUGAAAGAAAUUCAAGCCAUGAGUCAGUGCCAUCACCCCAACAUUGUAUCUUACUACACAUCAUUCGUGGUGAAAGAUGAGCUUUGGCUGGUGAUGAAGUUACUUAGUGGAGGCUCUGUUUUGGAUAUUAUAAAGCACAUUGUGGCCAAAGGAGAGCACAAGACUGGCGUCCUAGAUGAAGCCUGUAUAGCCACGAUCCUUAAGGAGGUGCUGGAGGGGCUGGACUACCUGCAUAAAAAUGGACAAAUCCACAGGGAUGUGAAAGCAGGAAAUAUUCUUCUUGGAGAAGAUGGCUCAGUGCAAAUUGCAGACUUUGGUGUUAGUGCAUUUCUGGCCACUGGUGGUGACAUUACCAGAAAUAAAGUCAGGAAAACUUUUGUGGGCACACCUUGCUGGAUGGCACCAGAAGUUAUGGAACAGGUCAGAGGAUAUGAUUUCAAGGCAGACAUCUGGAGCUUUGGGAUCACUGCUAUUGAACUGGCUACAGGGGCAGCUCCUCACCAUAAAUACCCGCCGAUGAAGGUUUUAAUGCUGACGCUACAGAAUGAGCCUCCAUCUUUGGAAACUGGUGUGCAAGAUAAGGAGAUGCUGAAGAAGUACGGGAAAUCAUUUAGGAAGAUGAUUUCAUCAUGCCUACAAAAAGACCCCGAAAAAAGACCGACAGCAGCAGAACUCUUAAGACACAAAUUUUUCACGAAAGCAAAGAAUAAAGAAUUUUUACAAGAGAAGAUGUUGCAGAGAGCACCAACAAUCACUGAAAGAUCCAAAAAGGUCCGGAGAGUCCCAGGUUCCAGCGGGCGUCUUCAUAAGACUGAAGAUGGUGGCUGGGAAUGGAGUGAUGAUGAACUAGAUGAAGAAAGUGAGGAAGGCAGAGCAGCAAUUUCACAGCUCAGGUCUCCCAGGGUGAAAGAACCUGUACAGAAUUCCGAGCUAUUCCCAUCAGCUGAGCCACCAGGUCCUUCACUCAAUGCUCCAGCACAGGCACCUACUCAACUACCUCAGGCUGCAGGACAAGUACCUGCACAACCUCAAACUGCUGUACCUCCACCUAGUCAGGCUCCUCCAGCAGCCCCAGCAGCAGCCCAGGCCCCACCUGCCCCUGCUGCAGCUCCGGUACAGGAAGAUACGAAAGUCCCCAUCAGCCUUGUACUAAGGUUAAGGAAUUCAAAAAAAGAGCUCAAUGAUAUCCGAUUUGAAUUUACCCCAGGGAGAGAUACUGCUGACGGUGUGUCUCAAGAACUCAUUUCAGCAGGUCUUGUCGAUGGCAGAGAUCUGGUAAUAGUUGCAGCUAAUUUGCAGAAAAUUGUGGAAGAGCCCCAAGCAAACAGAUCCGUCACUUUCAAACUGGCAUCUGGCGUUGAAGGCUCAGAUAUUCCUGAUGAUGGCAAACUUAUAGGAUUUGCACAGCUCAGCAUCAGCUAAACAAUGGUCCCAGGAGAUGUUUCCCAACUGAGAACCCACAUGUGCAUAUUCGUAAUGCUUCUGUUAGCCUAAAAAAAAAAAAAAAAAAACCACUACUGCCAAAGAAUUGAACUACAGCCCCCUUCC